CCACACCAACACAGUGUAUUAAAGUACCUCCAGUGUACUGAGUGUUCCACACCAACACAGUGUAUUAGUACCUCCAGUGUACUGAGUGUUUCUCUCAAAUACGAUGAAUCUGGGGAUUCUUUGUGCGUUGUUGAUGGCUGCUGUGGCGAGUGCUGAGGGCACGUUGUCUCCUCCUGAGAAGUCCUAUAAGAUCCUUAUGCUUUUCCCAGUGGGAUCCAGGAGCCACAAAAACAUCUUCAUGGCACUGGCUGAGGCACUGGCACAGCGUGGACACAAGAUAGUGAUGCUGUCCAAUCACCCGAAGACAUCCAAACAUGCCAACAUUCACGAGGUCACACACGGCCUUCCACACAUGAGUCAGGACAAUGUAAACAUGUUCGACUACCGCAAGGAUCGUAGUGGCCCAUUUAAGCACUUAAAGGUUGCUCUGCCAGCCAUUGCUAGAGACUUGUACAAAGUUCCCGUCGUGAAGGAGAUCUAUGAGAGAAGGAAAGAAUUUGAUCUCAUAGUGAUAAACCAUAUGUUUAAUGAGGUUGCGUAUCCUUUCCUGCAUGAAGUUCCUUUCAUCACACUGGCUACUCCAGGGAUGGACCCGCGACAGAGUGCCAUCCUGGGCAACGUUCUUAACCCUGCUUACGUCCCUAUGCAUUUCGACUUCCCAAAACCCAUGAGCGUAUGGCAUCGCCUCCUCAACUUCUUAGAUCAUAGUGUGAUGUCGUUUUACUGGCGGAAAUGGGCGAUCGUCCCACUCAUACAGAAGGAGAUCUCAGCUCAGUUCCCGAAGCUGCCGCCGUUAUUGCAGCUGGAGAGAAACUUGAGCCUAACACUACUCAACACCCACUUCUCUAUUAGUAUGCCGCUGCCUCUUCUGCCCUCUCAGGUGGAAGUGGGCUCCAUGCACUGUCGCCCCGGCAACCCCUUGCCUCAGGAGCUGGAAACAUGGAUCACGGGCGCAGGAUCAUCUGGCGUCAUAUACUUCACUCUGGGUUCUAUGACUCGCAGCACAUCAAUGCCAGUUCAGUAUCGAGACUUGUUCAUCAAGGCCUUCCGCAGGCUGCCUCAACGAGUCAUAUGGAAGUACGAGGGAGAGUUGGAGGACAUUCCUGACAACGUGAUGAUCAGCAAGUGGCUUCCCCAACAAGACAUUCUUGCUCACGACAACGUGAAGUUAUUCAUCACGCACGGUGGUAUUGUCAGCAUGCAAGAGUCCUUAUACCACGCUACACCUCUUCUCGUUCUGCCCAUCUCCGCCGACCAACCCAAGAACGGCAUGUUUGUCAGGAACUCAGGACUGGGAGACACUUUAAUUUGGGAGGAACUGACUGAGGAUGUUAUCGUCAACACUCUCACCAAGAUUAUCAGUGACCCUAAAUACAAAGAGAAAGCUACGAGGAUGUCGGUGGGUGUCAGGGAUCAAGUAACACCGCCCAGGGAGUUGGCAGUGUUCUGGACGGAGUAUGUCAUUCGUCACCGUGGAGCCACCCAGCUCAGGUCUCCGGCUGCUCAACUCUCCUGGGUGGAGUUCCUCAUGCUGGAUCUCCUCUUCCUAUUUCACAUCACUUUCUUCAUUCUUUUCUACUUCCUGCGUCGCAUCUUCAGAGUGGUUAAUGUUAAAAUCUUCCGUAGAGACGGCAAGUCAAAGAAGAAGAACGAUUAGACUGUCUUCUUUGUAUCUAAAAAUAUUAAGAAUGUUUUUCUAGUAUCUAAAUGAGUUAAAAAUGCAUAAGUCUGUAUAGCCCUUGUGGCUUAGCGCUUCUUUUUGAUUAUAUUAAUAAUAAUAAUAGUUUUCGUAUAACUACUGGAAAUAGCUUACUAGUAUCUAGAAGUUAGAAUCUUCCAAAGGCUUCAUUAAAGCUAGACGAACUGAGAUUGACUUCUUAGUAGCUGGAAGAAUUAGAAUUUUUUUAUAGGAUUAGAAACAACAUUCUAUUAACUAGCUGAUGAAAGAAUUCAAAGAAGCAUAAACUGUAAAUAUUUGGAAUUUAUAUCAAAAACAUUUGUAAACCUUCAGAAAUAUUAGGAUGGCCAUUGCCGAUGAUUUUAUGUACAAUUAAAGAUAGGAUGUCAGAAAAUAUAGAAUUGGUGAUUAAAAACUUUUUAUUAGUUAAUAACAGUCUUCAGAUAUAUGUACUAAUAAAGGUUAAACCAAUGAGUUUA